UUCCUGCUGUCACAUUGGUUGCACUCUGGUAUCAUUUCACAUAAAACUGUCACAAUAUCUCGGCGACAUGCAGAGAAGGACAUUCUGGCUCGUCCUGCUGGUGGGAUUUUACACCAUGGACAGUGUGACCCAAGUAAACUGUAAACAUUGUUGGGGUGACUGCGCCAACUUUACAAAAGGAUCAGUUGCGAAAACUGAAUGCUGCAUGAAAAAGUACAGCAAAGGGAUAACAAAGUGGAACAUUUUCAAGGAAACUGAAAUACUCGAAAGCAUUCUGGAGGAAACGGAAGUGAACCAGACCACAAACAUUUCUGUUCCGUGUUUAGUGGCCCUCUUACAGAAGCCGCCUAGCGACUCCAGGAGUAUUGAGAUAUACGCCAACAGCACUCAGGCGACAUCAGACGUAGAAGUGUCUAACAGAUCGGUGAGAGUUCAGCUGCCGGCAGAGCUACAUGCUGGACUGAACAGUAACAUUGUGUUCUGCAUGAUCCAGAUGUCAGACAAUAUUUCCCUGCCAGGCUUGCCGAACCUGUCUGGUAACAGGCUGGUUGGAGUCAGCGUCGGCAGGAAUGUCACUGGACUAAAGCAACGCAUCAACAUCACUAUGAGCAUGGCAUCAACUAUAAACGAAACCCGGGAACCCAAGUGUGUGUUCUUAAACAUGAAAUCUGGCAAUGUUAGCACAGAGGGCUGUGAAAUGGUGGAACAUAAUCAGACGUACGUCACCUGUUCCUGUGACCAUCUCACAUACUUUGGUGUGCUCCUGGUGUCUGCAGACGUCUCACCCAAAGACGCUGAGAUCUUGUCCUACAUCACCUACAUCGGCUGUGGUAUCUCUCUGUUUGCUCUGGUCAUCACUGUUGGUCUCUUCAUCACAAACAGAAAGCUCAGAGCAGAUGAUUCCAAGAAGAUCCACAUCAGCCUGGCAGUGGCUCUGAUCCUCCUCAACGUUCACUUCCUGUCCAGCCAGGCGGUGGCAGCGUCGUCCUCCACUGAGCUUUGUGUCUAUGUGGCUCUUCUUCUUCACUACUCCCUGCUGGCCUCUUUCACCUGGAUGGCCUUGGAGGGCUUCCACCUCUACCUCCUCCUGGUCAAAGUCUUUAACGUCUACAUGAGGAGAUACCUGCUGAAGCUCAGCGUGGUGGGAUGGGGUCUUCCGGCAGUCUUUGUGUCUUUGGUGGUGAUUAUAAACAAAGAUAUAUAUGGUCGUACAUCUGUGGACUCGUUCAAUGGGACUGAAGUCUGCUAUAUAACCAACACCAAUGUGAAGAUGGUGACCACGGUGGGAGUCGUCGCCUUCGUGUUCUUCUUUAAUGUGAUCAUGCUUGGAGUGGUGAUCAAAUGGUUCAUGGGGCCGUACAUUCACAACCAGCGCGUACAGAGUGAACGAAAUGGAGCCAAGAAUAAAAUUUGCACGCUGCUAGUUCUCAUGGUUCUGCUAGGCCUGACCUGGGGUCUGAUCUUCUUCUCCUUGGGCCAAGUGAACACUCCUGUCCUCUACAUCUUCUGCAUUGUGAACUGUCUCCAAGGUUUCUUCAUCUUCUUUUACUUUGCGUUGACUUUGGUGAAAAACACCAAAGACUCAGCUGCCAUGCCAACCACUGAUACACCGAGUCACUGCCCCAAAACCUGAACCCAGAGCAGGAAUUUUAUGUUUGGGGGAUUUUACUCUCAUGCUAAUUCAGAUCUUGUUUUUAAAACAACAGUGUUAUGUAAAAUUGACCUCUCUUUUUUUUUUGUUUGCUUUAGAUAAGGUUAUAAUGUUAGUCCUUUAUCAAAAACAUACAUGGAGUGUUUCUUUGAUUCUUUCAUGCAUGUUUGAGAAAUCCUUUAUUCUCCAUGGCAACCAUACAGCUGUGCAAAACACUUGGAGGGACUUUUCCUCAGAGCUGCAGUUUCCAAGCUUCCACCUCCAGAAGGAUCCCUCCAUUCAGCUCCUUCAGACUAGCCAGCAGCAAUUAACCAACACCUGGUGGAUCUGCACAUCUGCUGAGAUCAUUAUAGGAUAUAAUAACACUGGAAUUAAAUGGUUAAUAGAGGAGCCAUAUUAUGACUUCAUGAAGAUAGAAUGUUGGAAAGAGCAGGGCUUUCUUAAAGGAACAGAGGCCCAAUUUCCAGGUGUCUAUUUACAAAGUCAUGUUUCUUUGAAGUCAUAUGUACAGCAUUUUCAUUACAACUGAAGGUAACAUAGUUAUUUUAUUGUUUCUAUAAAAUGUUCAAAUGGCUAGAAAACACAAAAGUACUACCCCUUUAGUGUAACAUAUUGCACCAUAGAUAGCAAGCCUUCUUCAUAGUAACUCCUCCUGACUGAUAUUAAAUUUUGUGGUUAGUCCUGCCAUAAACUUCUGUCUUUGGAAAGAGAAACCUGUCAUUGCCAAAGGAAAACUUCACAUCCCAUUACACCCAGUACAGGCUGUAGAGUGUAUCAUAUGCAAAUCCCUCAUAAACACUCUUUCCUGUAACAGCAUAACAGACCAAGUGAAAAACUGAACAUUUUAUGAUCAAUAUGAGGAACAAACAUCUACAACAUUGCAAUACAAGUGAAUGUGUUACAUAUCUGUUGUGAAACUGCAUCAAAAAAGAUGAUUGUGUAGUUAAAAAUCUUUAAUUUUGGAAAAAGCAACAAGUUUUAAGUUUCACAUAAAAGCCUGUUUAUAGCUCAUUUCAUACCUGCAUACUGCAUAUUCUUUUUUUUUUAUUAAUAGUGGCAUAGAAUUAUUAGUAUUUUGGGAUUUUGUGUAUAUCUGAAGUAGUUUGGUUAGUCUUUACAAGAUUUACACAUUAUCUCUUACAUGUAUCUGUUAUAUUUUAAAAUUUAGACAGAAAACUGUGCCUCAAGCAUAAAGACAUAACACAGUCCACAGGAGUGUAAAAAUAUUAUUUGCACUUUCAAAUAAAGUAUUA